GACUCUUUUCCCCUCAAAUGAGGAAGUGGUGGAUGCGGUUUUCAUUCGUCCAAAUUUUAUCUCUAAACUUGUUUCUCCAUUUUCUUUCAUAGGCAUUCUUCAAGGGAGUUGUUUUGUGCAGUAACUUCACCUUUCUCUUGGAUUUCAAUGGAGGGAUUUCCUUAUGAGAAACCAAACACUAACUCUGAGCAGAUAGACCUUACUCUCAAGCUUUCUCUAUGUGGUCAAAAUGCUACAGAAGAAGAAAAGAUGGUGAUGACAAGGUCAUCAUCAUCAACUUUUGGGGAAAAAGCAAAAAGAACUAUGAUGGGAAAUGGGGCAUUUGCAGAGGGUGAGAAGGGUUUGGUGAGGUUUGGGGACUUGCAGACAAUGAGAAGAGUGAGGAGCGGCAAGAGAUUAUUGCUGAAAAAGAUGCAGAGAGCUGCUGCUGCACAGGCAGAGAAGAAGCUUUUUCCGGAGCCACUACCUCACUCAGUUCAUGAUAAUCUCAGAACGUUUGCAAAUACUUCUAGGGAUUUAUGGCAUCAGGGAGAAGGAGGAGCUAGUUCCAACUUCCUGACAUUACACAAGCAGGAAAUUAAUGAUGGCAUGGUUUCCCCAAAAGUAAUGCAGGAAAUGAGACUGUGGCCCUCUGAGACUAUGAUUGAGAGACCUUGGACGUUCUGAGACAAUUGCGUAGCCAAGUGUGAUUACUACUGCUAAGGGCUUUUAUACAAGUAUGAGAGGCCAAGUCUGUAUUGUAUGUGUGAUCCAUGCUACUGUUUGUUCUGAUUCAUUUUGUAUCAAUGGAGAUUGCUGGUUUUAUCACACAGCCCUUUUAGAAUGUGUAGUGCUCAGAAUCCUAUGUUUUCCAUAAUUAUCUUAUCCAUGGUUCUAGCGACAGUGAAAAAGAAAGUUUUCAUCAAAUUUGGUUUUCCCUGUUUGCUUACCUUUAUCUAUCUGUAAAUCAUGAACCGUAAGAUUGACACAUCGGCAUGUACAUUAUUUUUUCGAAUAGCAAAUCAAGUCGUAUGGUGGAAUUUGUAGAGUA